CAACUUCCGGUCCCACGCACAGCCGUCCGGCGGCGGUUCUAGCGUGACUCUAGAACGCCGCGCUGUCCGCCCGGGUUAAGGUCGUCGCCGGCGUGGCUGCGGGAAGCCCGGCGCGGACGGACGCGGGUGACCAUGUGGCGGCUGCUGGCUCGGGCCCGUGCGCCCCUCCUGCGCGUGCCUUUAUCAGAUUCUUGGGCCUCUCCGCCCGCCAGUGCUGGCCUAAAGACGCUGCUCCCGGUGCCAACUUUUGAGGAUGUUUCCAUUCCUGAAAAGCCCAAGCUUAGAUUUGUUGAAAGGGUACCACUUGUGCCAAAAGUGAGAAGAGAACCUAAAAACUUGCGUGACAUACGAGGACCUUCCACUGAAGCUACUGAGUUCACAGAAGGCAAUUUUGCAAUCUUGGCACUGGGUGGUGGUUACCUCCAUUGGGGCCAUUUUGAAAUGAUGCGCCUGACAAUCAACCGCUCUAUGGACCCCAAGAACAUGUUUGCCUUGUGGCGGGUACCGGCCCCUUUCAAGCCCAUCACCCGCAAGGGUAUGGGACAGCGCAUGGGGGGAGGCAAAGGUGCCAUUGAUCACUACGUGACUCCCGUGAAGACUGGCCGCCUCAUAGUAGAGAUGGGUGGGCGCUGUGAAUUCAAGGAGGUACAAGGUUUUCUCGACCAGGUUGCCCACAAGUUGCCCUUCCCAGCAAAGGCUGUGAGCCGUGAGACUCUAGAGAAGAUGCGGAAAGAUCAAGAGGAACGAGAACGUAAUAACCAAAACCCCUGGACCUUUGAGCGCAUAGCCACUGCCAACAUGCUGGGGAUACGGAAAGUACUGAGCCCAUAUGACUUGACCCAGAAGGGGCGAUACUGGGGCAAAUUCUACAUGCCCGAACGUGUGUAGUGAGAAUGUGAGAAAUAAACGUACACAGGCUGUUGAGAGAGAAGGAAUCUACAUUUUAUUCCCCUCAGCCUACCCUUAAAAGUCUUUGGGUAGCUCUGAUGUCAUACCCAAGGAGUAGCAUAUGAGUAGAUGAUUUCUGAAAAAUUGUAUGAUAUCUGUUGAUUUUUUUAAAAAGUGCAUUUAUAUUAAAUAAAGUUUGAACAUCACCUCAGGAUA